CACCGACCGACACGUAGCCUCAAGUACUGCACUUUGCCACACCACAGCGACCUGCUUCAGGCUAUUGAGACAUCAUUCUUCCGAUCCCCUAGCAGGAAUAAACUCCACAAACUUCGGCCACCACCAUGAUCAAGCACACUAUCAUAACGCGGCUUGACGGCCUAAUCUUGACGGCUUCAGUAGACGACGAAGAGACAAGUGCCGAGUUCAACGAAGUCAAGGGCAAAGUCAAGCUCGUUCAGCGCCGCCUAAAUCGCAACUCUGAACAACAAGCAAGCAUAGAAAGCGGAAACUACUCAUACCACUACAUAAUUGAUGGCGAGCUGUGUUUCCUUUGCAUAUGCGAUCGCUCCUACCCACGCAAACUCGCCUUCACAUACCUCUCCGAUCUCUCCUCCGAGUUUAAGACGACCUAUCAACCACAGCAAUACCUCGCGCCCUCGUGCCGGCCUUAUGCUUUCGUUGAAUUCGAUACCUUCAUCCAGCGCACCAAGAAGACAUACCAAGAUUCGAGGGCUACACAAAACCUGGAUAAGCUAAACGACGAGCUGAAAGACGUGACAAAGGUUAUGACAAAGAACAUUGAGGACCUACUCUACCGAGGGGAUAGCCUAGAAAGGAUGGGUGACAUCUCGAGUCGGUUACGGGAAGACAGUAGGAAGUACAAGAAGGCAGCAAUACGGAUCAACUGGGAGCUACUCUUGAAGCAGUACGGACCCAUCGGCGCCUUGGCUUUCAUCAUCAUUGUCUUCAUAUGGUGGCGCUUCUUCUGAGGACGUUCUGGCAGCUAGUCGGCAUAGUGGUGCAUUUUCAGCGACACCGGGAUGAAUCCCGUCGAGAAUACAUUGACACCGUCGGCGUUCGAGGUGUAUAAUAACUGUGAUUCCGAGCUUUGGCGGACAUGCAACAAUACCCAAACAUUUUCUUUGUUCAUGACUCUACGACUAGUCAGUUUCCUUCGUCCAACAGUUGGUGCUGCUGACAUGAGUUGCGAUCAAUCGGUUCCUCAACUCGUGAUUAGGCUUAUGUUGAAAGUAGAUAAUGCGACAAUUGCCCAUAUAGUAUGCUACCUAGGCACAGAUCUGCCGAGAACGAGUUUCCACUAGCGGGAGCAGUGGCACGUGAGCGGCAGAGAACCCUAGUUGGUCUUGGCGAUUAUUGGCCGCCUAUGGGCCUAUAGCUGAGGCUGACCAUAAGCAUUCGCCCCAGUCAACCGUGUGGAUAUCUGAUCUCAGCCUACGAAGGGCCGAC